UCCGCGCACAUUGGUUCACAUGUGUUAUCUCAUCUGAAUCGCGUGUGUCGUUGUGUGACAGAACAAACGUUCGCAAGUGAUUACGUGUGGAGUAAAUGAAACCGCUUGUCAGAUGGGGGCUGGCGACAAUCGAAGCACCGUUGUGACAAGUUUCUUGAGCGCACCCCGUGCUUGCUUACAGCAUUGUUGAGCACCGGUUUGUCGCGGCAACAUGAGUACUGAAUGUGAACCGACGCUUGCGGUGGAUUCCGUAUUGAGAAGGUCGGGAGAGCUGCCAGUUAAAGAAAAAAUCGAAGUUAAAGGCUAUGAUUUCAACGAUGGCAUCGACUACGCCCGCAUUCUUGAAAGCUACAAGUGCUCUGGCUUUCAGGCGACUCAUUUUGACCGCGCUGUCAACGAGAUCAACCGCAUGCUGGAAUGCAGAUCUGUGCCUCUCGAGAAGGAUCAGCUUGACCAGCAUGAAACCGACGAGUUCAUUCGUAGAAAAUACGGCUGCACGAUUUUUCUGGGUUACACCUCGAACAUGGCUUCCGCGGGUGUCAGAGACGUCAUCAGAUUUCUCGUGGAACACAAGAUGGUUGAUUGCAUAGUAACAACUGCGGGUGGUGUCGAAGAGGACCUUAUUAAGUGUCUUGCGCCCACCUAUGUGGGCGACUUUACUCUGAAAGGAAGCUCUCUCCGUGAUUUAGGCAUCAAUCGCAUUGGAAAUUUGCUGGCUCCAAAUGACAAUUAUUGCCUUUUUGAGAAUUGGGUGAUUCCCAUUUUCAACAAGAUGCUUGAGGAGCAGCGCAUGCACGGUACCAUCUGGUCACCAUCAAAAAUGAUAGAAAUGUUUGGAAAUGAAAUCAAUGACCAAAGGUCUAUUUAUUACUGGGCCGCAAAGAACAAGAUUCCUGUAUUCUGCCCAGCAUUAACAGAUGGCUCCCUUGGCGAUAUGAUCUACUUUCAUUCAUACCGCAAUCCUGGUCUGAUUGUAGACAUAGCUCAAGACAUUCGUCGCAUUAAUUCAAUUGCAGUGAAAGCAGUACGAUCUGGUAUGGUGAUUGUAGGCGGUGGACUUGUGAAACACCACAUCUGCAACUCAAACAUGAUGCGCAAUGGUGCAGAUUUUGCAGUGUAUCUCAACACAGGUGCCGAGUUUGAUGGCAGUGAUUCAGGGGCAACACCUGAUGAAGCAGUGUCAUGGGGAAAAAUUCGCAAAGAUGCUCGCCCUGUAAAAAUUUGUGCAGAUGCCACACUUGUGUUUCCUCUCCUAGUUGCACAAACGUUUGCCACGUGGCACUUCCAGAACAAGCAAAAGAUAAAUGGUGACAAAGGAAACGUGCUCUGAAGGUUAAUGUGAACCUCCAACAUUGUACUUUUCAUAAUUUGUUACUUGUCUGGUUGCUACUUAGCCUGUGUAUUAUUGUGCAUGAAAGGUUUCAAAAUUUAAUGCUAUUGUUUUUAUGUAGGAAUUUUUUGAAGUCGGAAAAACCUUAAGCUUUUAUAACAUUUCUCUCUCCAGAUGUAAAAUGAAAAGCCAUAAUGAUUGCAGAAAAAAUAUAAUUUAGGUCUUUUUCCACAUUCAGAAUUAAUUGGGUAGCUGCUGGGAGCCUGCAUCUCGCAAGAAAUGGGAUGACCAACAUCUUGUGUAGAAAUGUUAAACAAUUGUGCACUGUGUGUAAGGGAAGACAAUUUGUGGAGUAAUUGUUAAUGAUUGCCAUAAGCGCAGUUAUUGCGAUUGCAAAUGCCGUGAUCCAUGCACAAGACACUGCUUGUACGGCCUAUAAUUGGGCAUAUGCCUGCUUGUAUAAUAGUAUCGGUGAUCAUGUUGUAGAGGCUUUAAAGUGUUAUGCUUAGUGUUGACCUUGUGCCUUCAAAGCUUAAUCUGCUUGUGAGUGUGUUGUGCUCAAGCCCCAUGACACUGAAUGUGAGUUAUUCGGACAGGAAUCGGUUAAAAUUUUGUAAUAGCCUUGGCAUUCUGUGGUCUAUUUAUGUUGGGAUGCAACGUUAUAGUAAAUUUUUAUAAUCUUAUUUACCUGACAAAUACUAGAUAAAUGCUUUUCAAUGAAGGUUGUCCAUCUGGAAGUGCAGAAUUGCUGAGUGCAUUCUUGUGAACUAGCAUUGUUAAUAUAGUAAAUACUACUUUGUAGAUGCAGUAUCCAAUAUAAUGUUAGAAAUGUGGAUACUGCAUUGUAGAUUGAAUAGUGUCCAUUGUAAAAUGCUAUUCAGUUUGCUCUUUUUUUUUUUCCUUAGUGCAGCUUAUUGGCUGUCUGCAUAUCUUAUAAUUUCUCUUUACUUUAGGCUCUAGGGUCAUUACAUUUGCUUAUGAAUAGGCAGCUUUGAAGCGUUUCCGCACUUUGCUCAGUAAAAUCUGAUAGCUGAGACUGCGUUAGUGGAUUUAGAAUUGUUAGCAAAGCGUCGACACUGUUGUUGCUGCCAAUUGAUUAUACUGUUUUAGUAUGCUGUAUGCUGCGUGACCAAGAAUGUACUGCAGUGACAGACUAAUGAAGUCCUGAAAUACAACGUACAUUAUUCCUGGAAACUUCGCAGGCAGUGGCCAAAGGUACUGGAGGGGGGAAAAAUGGAAACCGUGUGCACAAUAAAAAGUAAAAUGAUCUGCAA